GAUCGUAUCACUAAUCUCAUCACAACAUGCUUCACUUUUAAACAGUCAGGUAGUGCUGCUGUGGAGAGAGAGUUUCGUAAAAAUGGACGCUUUUCAGAGUUACAAUUAGAUGAGAUGUCAUCAAGAGAGAAAGGUGAUCCUCUUAAUACAAAGAGACUAGUAGCACUACUGAAGCAUCUUUAUAUUGUAGCUAGCCCUAUGAAAGAUAAAGUUGGUAGAAAAACUGUCAAGUAUUACUUUAUGCCUUGUGCUCUAAAACCAGCAAAUGUAGAAAGAGAGGUGAGAGAUGGGUCAGUUAGUCCAGCUCCUUUAUUGAUAUGUUUUGAGUGUGGGUAUACUCCUGUUGGUGUAUUCUGUUGUCUAGUAGUGUAUCUUCUUGAUCAGGAGACAGACCAAGUAUUGGAAUGGGAGUUAACUGGUAAUGAUCAAUAUCGUAACAGGAUUACCUUUCAAGUUGGUCAACACUAUGAUACUGUUACCUUAAUCAGUCGUGCUACUUAUCUUGAAGUGUGGGUUCAACAACAAAUGAGUCCUUCACUGAAUGAUCUUUGUGAUAAAGUAUUAUCAUCAUUACACAAAGGACUAGUCACAGUGACACAAUCACUCCAUUACACUUACAAGUCAAGGCAUAUGUUUGGAGUACCAUGUACUUGCACUGCAGUACCUCAUCCUGCUGUAAUAGAAUAUUGUUCAGAAGGAGCUAAGUGUACUAAUGGUAAUGUAAUGAAACUUGAUGAGAAACAUUUGUACUGGUCUAAGAAGGUUGCUGAUAUGAAUAAUUCAGUACAAAAUACAAGCAGCAAAAUACAGUUUCAAACAGUUGAGGCUAGGAAAAGGAAACUAAAUGAAGAUCAGGAUGGUUCUUCAUCUAACAAGAGGUUUAAAUCAUUUGUCAUUACAGAAACUAUUGAACAGGAAGACUCAUCAGCAAACCACUUGUUAGACAAGAAACCACAAAAAAGUGAUCUUCUCAGGCUAUUUAAAAGUUCUGAUGCUCAUUACAUGAUUAUUGGGGCUGCACUGGAUGUUCAAGUGGAUGACCUGUUACCCAAUCCACAAUCAACUACUAGUAAUCUUAUACUAGUGUUCCAGAGAUGGUUAGACUCCAAUAGCGAAGUGACUUGGAGAAAAAUUCUGCAAAUUUGUGAAGAUUAUCCUGAUCAGCUUGGAAAAGCAAAAUCUGAAGUGGAACAAUUUCUUUCAUCAGAUAGAGCCCGUACGAAUUACCUUCAAUAAGAUAUCAACUGGUUCUAAGAAAUAAUGUAAGCUAC